AUGGACAACAAAACCGAACCCUGUUUUCUUGUUGAAGAUGUUAAUUCAUUCUACGAUCCACCCAUACUUAUUGUAACCUUUAUCCUCGGAUUCAUUGGAAAUGCGAUUGCUCUAUGGAUCUUCAGUUUUCAUAUAAAAUCCUGGAAGCCAAACACAGUUUAUUCAUUGAACCUGGCGAUUGCAGACACCCUGUUAAUCUGCUGUUUACCAUUUCGAGCAGAUUACUUCGUACGGGAGAAGGACUGGAUCUUUGGUGAUGUUCCAUGUCGUCUGAAGAUAUUCAUGAUAUUUCUAAACCGGACAGGGAGUGUUGCUUUCCUUACAGUUAUGGCGAUCAAUCGUUAUUUUAAAGUGGUCCAUCCCCACUAUAGAUUGAACAAGAUAUCUACCUGCUGUACAGUGAAGGUAGCAGGCAUCUUGUGGAUUCUGGCAGUGGCAAUUUCUUUCCAUAUUUUAACGGAACCUCGCACCUUCAAGUACAAGAAUUUAACGUACUGUGAACUCUUCCACAUAGACAACCCAUUUAGUGCUAGUGCAAUUUGGACCGAUAUUGCUUUAACUUUUUUCAACUUUGGUUUGCCAGCUUCAAUUAUCCUGUUUUCCACAUCCUGCGUCAUCUGGAAGUUAAAGCAGAUGAAAACUGAUAAAAGGCGUAAAUAUAAACGAGCUGUAAAGCUGGUGGUAUCUGUGGCUGCAGUUUUUAUAGUUUGUUUCUUGCCCACAAACAUUGCUGUAAUCGCUGUUUUAAUUACAAAGCAUUUGAGCGCUUGCGAGUCAUAUGGAAUUGCUGUUCAGAUAUUUUAUAAUACUCUGUGCAUAACCUACCUGAACAGUGUGCUCGAUCCCAUUAUUUACUACUUUUCAAGUUCAAUCUUUAAAGAUGCUUUGGAGAAAGCUCUUGUUCCUUUUAAUUUAAGGUGUUUCAAGUUGGGAUCAAGCCAUGCAACCCCAAUAGAGGCAGAAGGCAAACGACGUGUUGAACCUCUGAGGUUGUCAUCAAUCGGCAAUAUCUGUGAUCAAUUACAAACGGAGUCGACAGACAUUAAUGAACUUCGUACCAAUUAA